AUGUCCACCUACUACCUUACACUCAUCCUGGUUGCUGCUGCCAACCAAAGAAUCAUUGAAGAAGUCCCAGACCAGCCUGAAAAUGACCACAGACAAGUGAACUUCAUAAGAGACUAUCAUCUAAGCCUUGAUGAUGUGCCUUGGGAGUGUUUCAAAAUGGAGUAUAUGAAUGACAAGUCAGGCAGAGAAACACCCUGGAUGAACAAGGUGUACAAGGUGUUCUAUUAUGACCCUUACAAGGUUGUGCAGAAUGUGUUGCCCAAUCCUGACUUCAAGGAUGAGGUGGAUUUUGCACCAUAUUAUCCUGCAACCCAUGGAUCAACCUUUGUUCCCAUUAUUCUUGAAAGUGACAAAACAAUGGUUUCAGUUGUCAUGGGUCAAAAUGAUUACUACCCCCUGUAUUUAUUGAUUGGCAAUGUUUGCAACAAUGCCAGGUGGGCUCAUGGAAAUGUUGUUGUUCUUGUGGGAUCCCUUGCAAUUCCAAAAAAUAAUGAGGAGCAAGUUGUUCUUGCAGGAAUAGUCCACAAAUGGUGUGGCAAUGCAGUCAUCAGAUCUUGA